AUGGCGGGCCGGAAGCGCGGCGCAGGCGGUGGCGGCGCCGGCGGUGGCACGGGCGGCGCGGUGCCGUGGCCGGAGGAGCCGUGCGAGCGCGAGCAGGGCCUGUACUCGCUGCACCGCAUGUUCGACAUCGUGGGCGCGCAGCUGACGCACCGCGACGUGCGCGUGCUCUCCUUCCUCUUCGUGGACGUGCUGGACGAGGCCGAGCGCGGCCGCAUCCGCUCGGGCCGCGAUUUCCUGCUGGCCCUGGAGCGCCAGGGCCGCUGCGACGAGAGCAACCUGCGGCAGCUGCUGCAGCUGCUGCGCAUCAUCACCCGCCACGACCUGCUGCCCUACGUCAGCCUCAAGAGGCGGCGCCCCGUGUGCCCGGACCUGGUGGACAAGUACCUGGAGGAGACGUCCAUCCGCUACGUCACCCCCCGCGCGCCCGGGGGGGCCCCGCCCGGCCUCGGCCACCCCCACAAAUCAGUGCCUGCCCCCCACCCGUCCCUGUGCUGCCCCCCGGGGGGGCCCCAGCUGGGCCCGAAGCGCCCGGGCCGGGCCCGAAGCCUCCUCGGGAGCCAACGGAAACGCAGGAAGUCAGCGACCCCCGACCCCAAGGAGAAACAGACCUGCGACAUCCGCCUGCGCGUGCGCGCCGAGUACUGCCAGCACGACUCCGCCCUGCACGGCAACGUCUUCUCCAACAAGCAGGACCCUCUGGAGCGCCAAUUCGAGCGCUUCAACCAGGCCAACACCAUCCUGAAAUCGCGGGAUUUGGGCUCCAUCAUCUGCGACAUCAAAUUCUCGGAGCUCACCUACCUCGACGCCUUCUGGCGGGAUUACAUCAACGGCUCCCUCCUGGAGGCCCUCAAGGGCGUCUUCAUCACGGACUCGCUCAAACAGGCCGUGGGCCACGAGGCCAUCAAGCUGCUGGUCAACGUGGACGAGGAGGAUUACGAGUUGGGUCGCCAGAAACUCCUCAGGAACUUGAUGCUCCACACGGCUCCCUGAGGGAUUCACCCCCGUCCCCUCCCCGCCUUUCCCGCAGUUUUUUUUGAGGGUUUUUUUUGGGGGUUUUUCCUGGUUUUUUGUUUUCUCCUCUUCCACCCCCCGGGUUCUUCGGCGGAGCUCGCUCGUGGAUUUGGGGAGGGUUGGAGGCGUGGGGGAUUCCGGGAUUCGGAGGUUUUUGGGGUUCCUGAUGGGUUCUCCUUGUGUUUUCCAUGGGGUUUUCCCCCUCCUGUUUUUUCUUUUGUAUCCAUUAAAAAUGGUGAUGAAAAGGCAAAAA